AUGACAGAUACUAGUAAAGUAUUAUUUAUGGUUGGAGCCAGUUCUGGUUUUGGUUUAUCAAUUACCAAACUAUUCCUUGAGAAGGGAUUCCGUGUAGCUGCCACUGCUAGAUCCAAAGAACAAUUAAUCAAGGCCGUCGGAGAGACUGAUACCAACAAGUUCCUUGCCCUUGAAAACAACCUAAAGGAAGAUGAAGCUAUCAACAAGACUGUUCAAGACAUUGUAUCUCAUUUUGGUAGAAUCGACAUUGUCUUUUGUAAUGCUGGUUACGGUAUCUCUGGUGUCAAUGAAGAAGUAUCUGACCAAAACCUCCGUGACAUCUUUAACAUUAAUUUCUUUGCCUAUGCCUCUGUCCUCAGACAUGUCACCAAGUACCUCCAAAGUGGUGCCCACGUCUUCCUCCUCUCUUCCAUCGGUGGUUUCAAUCCAUUCCCAGGUAGCAUUGCUUACAACACAACUAAAUUUGCUGUUUGUGCUCUUGGUGAAAGUUAUGCUGCUGAAGUUAAAGCAUUUGGAAUUAAAGUAACCAAUUUAAAUAGUGGAGCAUUUGCAACAUCAUUUGGAUCAGGAAUGCAACCAGCUGCUAUCAACCUCCAAGAAAAGUACAAGGAUAUUUACCAAAAGGCUGGUGAGUUUUAUACUUCACUCAUCCUCAAGGAUGCUGGCAAGUUUUCCGAGUUGAUCCUAGAGUAUGUCAACAGCGAUAAGCCAGAAGCUCCACUCAACUUGUUUAUCGGUGCUGAUGCCAACCAAUUGGCUCACGAAAAGAUUGCUCAAUUACAAAAGGAUCUCAAGGAUAAUGAACAGUUUACCAUUGACAGAUUCUUGACCAAGUAA